AUACUACGUCGUACUUCGUCUAGUAGCAACCAGUUGCAGAGCCAGUGUAUUUUGAUUUUGUGUUUGAUAAAUUAUCCACCAAAAUGAGUCUCGCAACGACACUUCGGUUCGAAAUGAACACAAGUGGAAAGUCAAGUUUAAAGCAAGCGUUUGAAAGACAAAAAGAACGUAUUCAGAAAGAUGAAAUGAUGGCAGACAGAGAAAAUGUUGUGAGAUUAGAACUGAAAACAAAUCAAAGAGCUCAAUGGAACGAGAACUUGGAACAGUCCAGCUGGAAAAAGCGAAUCCGAGAGGAUGACAGGAAGAUCAGCGAGGAACUGAGACAGGCACAUAAAGCCAGCAUUGCUGUGAGAAAAGUGGCUCUGCAGCGUCAGUUGGAACAGGAACACGAUAUAUACGAGAAAGAACUUUACAAACUGGGCAAGACAUUCUUUACACAAAGAGUGUAGCUCUGGCCAAAACCACAUUUACACUUAGGAGGAAGGACAUGAGAAUCAAAGCAAUUCUACAUCAAUAUUAGUCCCCAGAUUGGGCUUAACACUUUAUAUUCUAUUGAAUUUGUUCCAUGUGAAAAACUAUGUCAGGGAGAGAGAAAGAUAGAGAGAUUGUGGGGAGAAAGAGAGGUGGAUGUAAAGUAUGUUUAAGAGAGUCACAUGUGUGCCUGUUAUACUCCAUUGUUGAUACUACUGUAUAUAUAUAUAUAUACAAACAUUUGCCUUGUAAAACCAAAUGCCAACCCUUUUUAUACUAUUUCACUUUUAAAAAUCCCCCAAAAUUUGCACAAAUAUAUUUUAAAAAUUCAACUCAUUUGCCAAAGUUUUUAAAACUACAAAUAUUUAUUGCCUUCUCUUAAUUGCAUCUUAAAUAAGUUACAGUUUCAAUACACCUGAUUAACUGUUGAA